UUUGGAAUACGGAAUUAAAACUUAGUCCUAAAAAUUUAGAUAUUUGAUCUUGUCAAUAUUUAACAUUUUAGAUAUGUUAGAGGUGCUGAGACAGUUCUACCUCAGGUGUGUGAUAUGACAGUACUUCCCAAGGUUGGAAAUGAUAUCUUUAAUAAAGAGAUCUGGACCGAAGCGAGUAGGCUGGUUCAAGCUAUAGCAAAAAUACAGGUUAUGCAUGAUGAGACACUGUACACCUGGGAGACUCUCUGUGCCAGGUUCAAUGGAGUUUGUAUCGACAACAGUUUUUUGGAGUUGAAAGAUGUUUUGGGUUCAGUUAAUCUUACUUAUCCAUUAAUGAAGUCUUUGGAAAAUAAUAAGACCUACCCCCUGGUUGCUCAUAUUGGUGGAACUGUAGUUCAGAACGGUAUUCUUAUCCGUGGAUCUGCUCUGAAACUUACCUUUAUCCUCGACAGAGCUACACCUAGGAGAACAAAAGCAGGAGAAAUAUGGACGGAGGUUGCAAAAAUGUACGCAAACUCGAUCCAAUUCAUCCAUAUAAAGGUGUACGCAAUAACAGACCAAUCUAUUCAACGGGAACUAAGCCUCAAUAUUGACAGUGUAGUGGAUAAAGUCCCCAUCACAGUUAUUCUAGUUUUGGCGUUCUCUGUGUACAAUUGUCUCUCGACUGAUUGGGUCCGUUCCAAACCUUUCAUGGGAGUAUUGGGUUUGGCAGUUUCCAUCUUAUCUGGGCUAUCUGCUUACGGACUGGCUCUUUAUUGUGGACUAAAAUGGCAGGCGAUCAAUCUUGUUUCGAUCUUUUUGUUGAUUGGUAUUGGAGUUGAUGAUACCUUCGUCAUGCUCUCCUCUUGGUGGAGAACUGAAGGAAACGAUGUUGUCACGAGGAUGUCCUUGACAUAUCAAGAUGCUGCGGUAUCAAUAACUAUAACUUCAAUCACCAACAUUAUCAGCUUCCUAAUCGGAGCUUUAAUGCCAGGGUUUCCCUGUGUCGAGAUUUUCUGCUGGUAUACAGGGCUGGGGCUGUUGUUCAUUUACUUUUGGACUCUAACAAUCUUUGGCGGAUUUCUGACACUAGCAGGCCGGUUAGAACUGGCGAAUAGGCACUGUGUUCUCUUUAUAAAGGUCAGAAUGGGGCCAGGCAAGAGUCAGGCUAAAAGGCACGGGCAGCCGUAG